CUCUGAGUCAUCUUAUCAUGACGAUGCAGUGAAGUGACUCUAAAGCGUAGGUGCGCAUCCGUCCUUAAUUUAUUUUUAGGUUAUUCUUGGUCGUUGAGUUUCUACGCGAUUUCUCCGCAAAAUGUGGUAGAUGAACAGCUCCUCAAGGAUCUAAAGGUAAUGAAAUGAAAAGUUGUUUACAUUUAAUCAUAGUUUUCUUUAAAUUAAACACAACUUGUUUACGUGAUGUUUUAUUUUAAUAAGUAUUCUCGUGGAAACGUAUUGGCCCACUUGUAUAGGAGCGGUGCUAACCUAUUAUUAAGAUAUAAAGAACGGCGUUGAAAUAAUCAGAAAAUUUGUGUGCUUUGUUUUGUUUUAUUUUUGAGAUGAAGUAAUGAACGUUUACCAUCAUUAAUCCUACGAUUCGAGUUCGACGCACUCCUAAAAGGUGAUUAGAGAAUUUUCCUUCUAGCUAUGUGCCAUGUGUUUCCUUGUUUGUAAAUAAGGAGAAUUUGGAUUUAUAUCAGGUGAACAAAUUUUAAACGAGUGCGUCAUUCUCAUCACAUGACUUCUGGUAAUUGUAUUUAUAUUGGUAAGAGAAGUUAGGUGAACGAAUAUCAUGUUUUGCAGUUAAAUAACUAGAGACAUAAAAUUUCCUCAUCGUAAUCCUAUCAAAAUUUUGCUACAUACUGUCACCUUGUAAACUUUUAUAGGCUUCCUGUCAGCUUUGGGGUGAGCAUCCUGGUCUUAUUCAUUAUUAUGUAAUUUUCCAUUUGUGACAACAACUUUUGUGUUUUAUCAAACAUGUCUGGUUACUGUCAGUGAUAGUAAAGGAUUUUAAAUUUGUCACUAAGAAACAACAGCUCUGUUAAAGACAUUCUAGCAAGAGGCUUACAUUCCACUGAGGGGAAAAAAUCACUGAUCCUAGUUAUGCUUUGCAGUAGGAAUUAAAAUAUAAACCCAGACUAGCAUAGGAGUCUGCAACAUGCAUGUUAACCCUUCCCUUAGAGUGGCGACACUUAUCAAGAUCUUUAGACUUAAACUAACACAGCUCUUGAUUCCAAAACAGAUGAUACUAUCUUGCUUUGCCAAGUUGGUAAUGUCAUUUAAACCUUUUACCCUGUAAACCUGUGAGUGACCAAGGCAGAAUUUCUCCUUACAAUAUCAAAACAGUAUCAAGCAGACAAGUAAUGAGAAUAUAGAAAAAUAUCCAUCAAGGGAUUACUAGUUGAUCCAACACCAAGUUCUUAGAAUGAACAUUAUAAGAAUUGUAUGGCAAACAGUAAGCAGAAUUACUAAAGAGAUCUUGGUUGUGAAAGGAUUGAGCAGAUUUAAACUUAUAUUUAUGUUUCCAUUUUUAGGGAUUAGUUGCUGCCUUUUGAAUCAGAUAUCAAGAAUUGGUUACCAUGGACCAGAACCCCUUUGCAGCCCUCUUUCGAUCAGUUGAAGAGGCAGAAGAGUUCAGAAAACACUCUUCAAAGACAUCAGCACCAAAUGUUUCAGCAAAAGGAAUCAUCGACAAUGAUUCAAAACCCAAUACAAAAAAUGAUGCCCAGAUAAACGAGGAAGAAAAAGAAUGGAUAGUGAAUGACAUGUUUCAGCGUGUGUUCCUGAUCACCGUAAAUAAUGGUAAAAUAUCGUAAAUAAUGAUAAAUUAAUACUGAAUAACUAUUAACCCUUUAACCCCCAAAAAUGAUUACCAAUAAUAUCCAUACAUUAUCCCACAAACAGGUAAUGAGAUUACUCAAACUUAUCAGGUACAAGAUAUUGCCUUGAUUGAAUACCAAAUUCUUGUAACCAAUUUACAAGGAAAUGUGUAGCAGCUAGAGGAGAGAAUCAACAAUUAGAUCUUGGGAGUUAAAGGGUUAACCAAGUGGGAGGGCUGGAAAGAAAAAUAGGAUCAAUAUCUGUAUCUGGGCAACUGCCCACCUACCCCUCCCCUAACCCAAAAUUAACCCUAACUUGUUAUUGAGUUAGGGGAGGGGUAGGUGGGCAGUUGCCCAGAUACUGAUAUUUAUCUGAAAAAUAUAUGUUUGAAGUUAUGACAUGCAGAUUUAACACAGCAACAUCCAUGUUUCAUGACCUGUGGCAAAUAUUUUUUUAUCUGGCACAAUCAAACUCAUAUUAAGUAUUUUAUGAUAUGAAAAAUAAUUUUAAAAGGUUUGAAAUUAUUUUUGAACUGGAAAGGACACAGUUCAAUUGGAAGAGUGAUUGGUGGAUAGCUGCAAAAGAGAUUCUAGGAUAAAAUAAAAUUACCUUAAAGUUUGUUUCUUCAAGUUAGAAUUAAAACAGGUUCCCAUUUCUAUGGGAUUGCCUGAGCAUGGCUGACCAGGCUAUAUAAAGAUUGAUUAAGUUGACAAGAAAGUGGUUACUUGUCUCUUAAGUCUCACUAAAAACUUUUUAUAUCUUAGCAUUAUAAUCUUUUAAAAUUCCUGACUGAUAUUUAGAUGGCGAUCGUCUUGGAAAGAAACAAUUUGGUGGUCUCCCUAAAAGAUGUGUCUAUUUGCGCAAUACUGCUACUGAGGAGGGAUCAAUUCUUCAGUGGACCAACAUUGAUGAGGUUAGUUAAUAAGUUUUCAUUUCUUUUUCCUUAGUUAUGUUUUAUCUACAUUGGAUACAAAUUAUUUACUUUUUUUUCCAAAAUACUACAAAGCUUAAAAGGGAGUUGACAUCUGAACAGUGACUGACUGCAUUUUUAAUGAGACUUUGACCCCAACAAGUGAUUAGCAUGUAAUUUCUCCCCACAAUAUCAUCACUAAGUUAACCACUAAGGUUACAAGAAUAAAGGAAAUGAUCACCUACUAAAGAAGGUGUGAAGCUCUUGCUUGUUUGAUAAAUUCUCCCUAUCAGCAUUUCAGGAAACAUAUAGAGAAUACUAUGGAAAAUAAAAAGCCCUCACUUCUUGGAAAAGCUGAAUUCUUAGUCAACAUCUUUGUUUUGGCAAAUUUUAGCUUCUCAAUGUUUUUUGUAUGAAUUCCGUUGAAACAAAUCAAGCAAGUAUAGAACUGAAAUAAGAUGUGAGUGGGGUCAUUUGAAAUAAAUUGUUACAUGCCUUGGAUUACUCUUGGAAAAAGCUUUAUGGUUUUGUCAUAAUUAGAUUUGAUAGAAAAUUACCUGGCGAUUUUACUUGUCAAUUUAAAUCAUAUUGUUUCCCAUCAACAAUAUCGAUUUUAAAUCAAUAAUUUAUCUAUUAUCAGGCCAUUAUGGAGCGGCUAAGUAUGAAUCAGCCUCGUUCCCAUGUGGUGAUCACAGGCGGUGCUCGUAUGUCGUCACUUACAGCUGAGAUUGAAGCAGGAGAAGUUUCAAAUGUAAAAUACUUGGCCUCCUGUUACAAAAGAGCCACUGAGGAGUGCAAGAAAUGGAAGGUAAAUUUUUCAUAUAACGUCGAAGCUUCCCACUUGAUUUCUGAUCAAUGUAUGAAAAUAUAAAAAGUAUCUGUUCCUUUUGUCUUCUCUGCCUUUAGAAAAGGUACAACUAUGUGAUGUACAAGUUUAAAAACCCCAUUUAAAAUAAUUCUUUUUUUCUCCCUCUCUUUCACCAUUUAUUUAAAAAUAGUUAAUUCCCUUUAUUUGAACUCUAGUCACCUGCUAAGCUGAAAAAAAAAAGACUCUAAUCUUUACAUUGAAAAGAAAGGAAAGGAAAAAUAAAGAAAUUUUUCACCAAAUAAAUCCUGAUCCUAGCUGUAGCAUUUUGUAAGGUGAAAUUAUUUUUGAAUAUUCCACUUGAAGGAAAAGGAUGCGUCUCUUGUGGAAAUUACAGACAGAGCAAGAACACUGGCAUUGUCUUAUGCAGGGUAGGCACUUCAUUUGCAAAAUUAAAUUUACUAUAUUGAUUAAGGCUAUUCUAACUUGUCAAGUAUUGGAUAUCUUGUUCUACAAGUAUGGCUUUUGUCUGAAGUAAUUGUGUGGCUAAACCAAAUAAAGUUUUAAACCUUUUAACUCCCAAGAUUCUACCAGUAAUUCUCCCUACUGACUACCAUUCAUUUCCUCCUAAACAAAGCAGGAGAAAUUGGUGCCAUAUCAAGAUAUGACCCUCAAAUUGAUAAGCUUGUCUCUUCUCAUUACCCAUUUGCAGAAUAAUGUAUCGGAAUUGCAAGGAGAAGUUACUUGUUGCUAAUUUUUAGGUGCUAGACAGUUAAUGUUGUGUAAAUACACACUUACUGAAAAGGUAGUUUAAAUUUUUGUUUUUUGUUAUCUUUCCAAGGACUUGUUUAUUGAGCCCAGAAAUGUUUUCUAAAGCUGCCCCUCAGAAGCACUUGUUUCAACUACUAUUGACCAUGCAAGGUACAAACUUUUUGCAUGUGAUUAACAGAAAAUUGUCACAAUUAGAAAUAAUUUUUUGUUAAAGAUGAAUUUGCAGAUUAAAUUGUAUGCUUAUUUGUAGAUACCAUUUAUUUUGAUAUUGUAAUUAUUUAUCAGUUUGAGUAACAGGAACAAAAAUAUAGAUAUCAACCUAUUUGUUUCAUAGGAGAUCAAGUGCUUUUAGAGUUCAUGGAUGGUCUUGUUGAGGAGCAUCAACAAAAAGAUGACCUGGUUAGUCAAAUAUUAUUUAAGUUGUGAAUUUCCUUGUCAAGACUGCAAAUCACUGAUUCAGAAUCCUUAACUUUGGCAAUCUCUUAGAAAGUUUCCUUGUUUACCAAUUUCUAAGAACAUUUAUUUAGACAGUCUGUGUGUUAGCUCUUAGUGAUGGAACCUAGAUGAGUACAAGAAGUUAGUUGGAAACAACCUUUGUUGAUAUUGUUAUCAAUUUGUGAUCUCUUAUUUUGUCUCAUUUUAUAAUUUUCAUUUGCUUCUACAUGUAGAUGACUAUGUUCUCUCCAGUUCUUGAGAUGUUGGCAGAUAGAAGCAAAGAUAUCUCAUCACUUCUUCAGCCUGACAUCCAUAACUAUUUUGAUAUACUGCUGUUCUUUGCAAAGCAUGUCACACUGGCUGAGGUGAUUAUGCAGCUAUUUUUACCAUUAUGAUACUAAUGAUACUGAUUCAUGAUGCGCGGUUCUCACUGUACUCAGUCUGUACAUCUUGACCUUGAGCCAAAUAUUUUGCCAUGUGGACCUCCCACUCAGUCAUUAAGUAUGUAUUAUAUUACAAUGCAGUCUUUUUUCUAUUUGAUUUUCAAUUAUCUCUUUAGAUCCUUGUGUCAUCAAGAUUCUGGCUUCCUGCUAAAUCACCCAUAGGUGCAAUUCAAGGCCAUGCCUUUGAGAAGCAAACCUUGUUAGGAUUCUUAUUAGCAUUGACCAGCAUGUCCAGGGAUCCAACCAAACCAUCUGUAAGUAGAUAAUAACUCUAAAAUGAUUUCAUGAUAUUUUGCUUUUGGAAGUACAGUAGUUUUGAAAUAUUAAGUAGUCCAGAUCCAGUUCAGAUCUAAAGUUCGAGCACUGACUUGGGUGUAGCCAAAUUGUCUUGGACAGUACCUCCAUUCAUCAUUGGUUUGUUUGCCUGAGUGUCAUUUCACUGAUGAUAUUUUCUGUUGACAGGAAUUUUUCCAGCAUCCAACUGAGCAGAGUCAUGCUGACAUGCAAGCCACUAUGGCCAACUUACGCAAACACUUGGAUACAUUGUCGGAGAAACUCCACAAGGUUUGUUGCCAUAUAAAUCCAGAGGCAAAAUUAUAUUCAGUCUGUCAAACACAGAAAAUGUUGAAUACCAGCCAGGGUUUUAUUAGAAACUGGUUAUCGGCAGUCUACUGUGGACCGUAAGACUUCUCACUACCUUCUUUUUAGCCUGCAAGCAGAUUUGAAUUUUGCCCUACAGACCAACUGCUUAUUACACUAUCAGAAGCAGCUACAAAAGUUACUGACAGUUAAUUAUGAUGGUAGAUUUAUUUGGAAAUUUAAGAUAAAAGAUGAACCAUUUUUCUGAUAUUCAAAAAGUUAUAUUUGAAAGGUCAUUCUGAAUUACUGACAGAAUUGUUGUACCAUUACUGAGCACAGAGUACUGCAAGUGCUAAUUGAUCUUUAUUUAUUUGUGAUAAACUUGAAGGUUGUCAUUGAGAUCAUGAAAAAAUCAAGUUCGGCAAAACACCAAGUUCUUUACUGGAUUGGAGCAUGUCUCCAUGGAAACAUAACAAGGAAGAAGGUGAAAGAUGUAUUUCAUAGAUUGCAUUUUUUACACCCUAACAUCAGUAUUCAUAUUCUCCACACUGUUCUCUAUACAUUUCCUAUGGCACUGACAAGGAGAAUUUGUUUAACAAUCAAGAGUGUCUUUAGUUGGUGAUCAUUUCCAUUAUUCUCAUGACCGCAAUGUUUGUUUUAGGGGUGAUACUGAUAGGGAGAAAAUGUUAGUGAUCACUCUUUGAGGGUUGAAGGGUUAACAUGAUAUUAAAAAAUCAGAAAAUCAUGCGAUGCUAUGGUUUUCAAAAAGAGAGAUGCACUGAGAUGGUAAACAGAGUGACCUGAGUCCUGUAAGCCGAACAGUUUAAAGGCCUCUGAUUCUUACAAGACUUGAUCAGUCUAUGUUUGUAUUUUUUUCUCUGCAGAUGAUGGCAGAGUUUUUUACAGCAACCCAAGCACAAGAUGGAUUCUUUUUAAAUCUUAGUACUCUGCUCCUGAAAAUGUGCCAGCCAUUCAUGGACCCAUGCUCACCCAAGCUUUUGAAAAUCAACCCACAGUACUGUGCUGUGAAUGUUAGUUUUGACAGCAUUACACGAGAGGGCACUGCAUUACAUGUCAUUGGACUUGAUGGGGAAACACGACUGGUUGUACCACCUAAUGAAGGUACGAAUGGCCAGCUCUGUGGUCAGCAAGGUGUAGGUAAUUUUCAGAAUGCCAAAUGCUACAUAUUUUGUUCUGUCUUACUGGUGUUUUGAUGAACAGAGAUGGAAGCUGCAUGUAAAAGUAAACCAGGAUUGUUUGAGAAACACCACUGUAGUGCUGAGAACUUUGUGCUUUUAUCAAUUUUAAUUUAAUCAACUAUUAGUGAAUACUUUCUGCGAGCAAAGAGGUCAGAGUAAAUCUGCAAAUAUACCAGGAGCACUGCUACCAAAACAAACAGAAAAUUCUUUAAAUGAUGUACCUCUGACCAUGGGGAUGCAGUUUUCCAAUAGCUAUUGGACUACAUAUAUUGCACUUUAAAAGAUCUAAGUCCAAGCCCUAGCUCAAUAUCUUGGAGUCUCGGAGACCUUAUAAAAUCUGGCAGAGGAGGGGGGUGGGGGUAAGGGGACUUGCAAUGGGCUAACAUCCCCUCUAAGGGGAGAAGUAAUGUUCGUAGCUCAGACAUGUGACUGAAACUGAGACAAGUUAAUAGCAAUAUGUGCCACUUAAAGUGUGCACACCACUUGUACUACUGACCAUUCAGCUUAACCAUUUAAGUCAUACUGCAUUCUUUAAAUUUAGCCCUUCUGUAGCCUAUGAUAACUGUGAAUUGUAUAGUAUGCAAAAAUACAAACAUUUCCAUUUUUUCAUUUUUCUAUCAGAGAACAUUACGCUGAAGAACACACCAGCAUAUGGAUUUGUGACAGAGUGCUUUUUCAUGACUCAUCAUUGUCUCAACUUGGGUUAGUGACACUAAGCAUGAGGCAAGGAGGAGGCCAGACAAAAUGGCUCUUAAGCAUUGAGAUUGUUUAUAGACCAGGCUCCGGUUGUCAGUAUGGUGGAUAAUCCUAUUGAUCCAUUGAAUAGCACAAUACAUCUUGGUAACACUUAUCCACUGGAUGGUGAUUUAUCCAGUGGAUAGUGCUAUCUGCCCUUUAAACAAUUGGAGCCAGGUGUCUGAAUUUAUCUCACUCUCACAUAAGUCAGUUUGCAAGGUGGCGGGGGGAUUUUGGUUUAUUCUAGGGGGAGGGGGCAGAAGAGAUGUGGGUUUUUAGGACCAGGAGAGAAGGAUAGAUAGGCAGUCAGCAAGAUUUACUAAGAAGAUUUACUUUACUAGAUUUACAAUUAUACUUAAUUGAGGCUAAACAUGAUUUAGGCAUGGUGAAAACCAAAUUUGUGUUUUGUUUAAAUGAAAAUGUUGCCAAACCUUUUGUACUUCAUCAUGCCAUUAGUGAAUAGUCAGACAAAUGAAUUUCUGAUCUUUCUCUUUUUUUAACAGGUCUGUGGAAAGUCUGCGAGAAAUACAGAAAACUUAUGAACGAGUUAGCACAAGUAAGUAACUAUGCCAUUUCACAACUGGGGUUUGGUUAGGGUAUACAUCAGGCAUUUUGGGGAGAAUUCUCUACUCUGUUAACAAAAUUAUCUGGCCUAACUUUGUUGAUUAAUCAAUAGUAAGAUUAACCCUUCAACUCCCAAGAUCUGAUUGUUGAUUCCCCCCUCUAGCAGCUACACAUAUCCUUUUAAAUUAGUUAUGAGAAUUUGGUGUAAGAUCAAGAUGAUAACUUCUUCUUCAGACAUUAUCUUUUACUGUUCUCUUGCUACUUCAUUUACCACUGAAAACCUGUUUGUCACAAUCACAAAUUACUGAGUGAGUGUUUUAAUAAUCCGUCCCGUAGUUUGACAAGGAACUUUUUUUAUGCCUCUUCUCAGAUGCAACAGAUGUACCAAGAUGCCUCAGCACAGGGAACUGAAGGAGUUUUGUUAGAAAGACUGAAAGUCCAGUUUGAGAACAGCAUUAUCAAACAGUUGUCUCUGAAGGUGAGAGGUUUAAUAAAUUGUAACAAUUAAAAUUCCAAGUGUCUAUGGUGGUCGUAACAGCUCAGGAACCUAUACGGAUGGAACUGAUCGUAGCAUUGUAGUAUGAUACAGCCAGGAGAAUUACUUACCUCCCUUGGAUGGGAUGGUAGUCUAUUGUGGGUUCUCCCCCCCUUAACAAUAUGUCAGAUUUCUCUGAUAAUUUUCCAGUACCCAUUUAAUAUACUCUUGUGUAGAGAGAGGCACUGUGAGAGUGGUCAGGAGUGUCUUGCCCAAGAACACAAUAAUUAAUUAUUAUUAACACAAUGGCCUAGCUAGUGCACUGUGUCACUUGAAGUCCAGUGUGCAAACCAUAAGAUCAACCAGCUUAACUCUCCCAAAAGGUUUCUUUUUACAUUCUAUUUUGAACUUGUCAUUUAUUUUACAACAGACUCAUCUCCUUAACCCGUCCCUCAUUGAACUUGGCCUGAAGUUUUACAUAGCAACUGCAUCAUGGCUGAAUCAAGUAGCACUGGCCGGGGACAGCUUUGAUGAGAUGACUGCUUUUAAAGAAGUGGAAAUUCCUCUUCCAACACAGGUUGGUGAUAAGAUGUUGUAUGCAUCCUUUAAGGAGAUGUACUAGUCUUAGCAUAGCUGUGAUCAUUUGAGCAUCGAUCUUGGAGGAGAGGAGAGAGUAGUCUUAUCUGUGAUCAUUUGUGCGUUGAUCUUGGAGGAGAGGAGAGAGUAGUCUUAUGUGAGACUUGUCAGGGAAAAUCAGUGAAAAUGUUUCAACAUCUUGUGGGGAAGUUCUUAGUUAGAGUCUUGUAAAGAGUUCUUUUUUGGGCAAAAGUUUAGUUCAUGGAAACUUAUCUGUCAGUUUUGCUGUGAUAAUAGGCCAUUUUACAGUUGUGCACUUAGUCACCAAGCCUUUGAUUUGGAGUUAGGCUGAAGGUGACCUCGUUGUGAUAGAGACCAGUAUCUAGUUAGCAUGAUAACAAAGUAAUUUACAUUUGAAAAGCAGCAAGGUUUGUAUCAUAACAAGGUCACCCUUAGCCUCACUCCUAUUCAAAGGCUUGGCAACCAAGCACACAACUGUAAAAUGGACUAUUACAGUUAGUAACUUUUCAACAUUGAUGACUGUUCCAGUACCCUUUUUAAUUCCUGGGUGCUGCUUUACUUUAAAUUAGGUAAUGUUUAAUUAAAUUUGUUCUUACAGUGGAAGAAAUUAUUUUCUUUCAUUACGUAAUACAAUUUUCAUUUUAAUUGUAGACUCCUAGAGGACUCUUGUUUGUCCCUGAGUUCAUCGUGGAAAACAUGGCUGACUUUAUAAUUUUUCUGAGGUAUUAAGCUUACUCUGUGUAGUCCUGGUUCCCUUCACAAAUGUUGUGAAGGAGUGACUAGCUUAAUUCAAAGACUUUGAUUUUUGUGUUGAAUAUUUUAGGGAAGGAGGGAAUGUAGUGUAUAGUGAUGCCCAUGUGUAGAAAUGAAUGCAAGUGAUGUAAUACACUUGGGACUUAUGGAUUUGCAUGUAUAUAUAAAGCUUGUAUUUAUUUUAUUCUGAGAGUUCUUUUCAGUUAAGAGUAAGUGUGUAGCAGACAUGAAUAAACGGUUUUAACUUAACUGUGGAGUACUACAGUUAUUUUUGCUAUAUUAAUAUAUGCCUUUACUUCACGUUGAAGACAUUUCAGUGAAGAAACUUUGGAGAGUGCAGGAAAGUCUCUACAUCAUCUUGUAACAUUUUUUGUCAUUUACAUGGGGUAUGUAUAGAUAUUUAUGAAAACUUAAAACUCUAUCCUUUGACUACCCUCAUUAAGAUGACCUUAUGAACUCAUAUUGAUAAAUAAAUUUAUAAUACUGAUGUAGCCCAAGUUCUCUGGAACCAGAGAAUAAUAUUGCAACUGAAGGGUAAAUUUUUUUGGUGCCUUGAAAGGGUUAAGUUAUUAAUAACUAAUUUUAUAUCAAUGAGUAUUAACUAACUUUUGCCUUUUUGAUGAUUUUGUUUGUCUACUAAGCAUUUUUUUUUUUUUUUUACCAAGAAAUUUUCCAGUGUCCAUUUUUUCACAGUCUCGAGCUGUUUUGAUAAAAUUAGUAAUUAAAGAGUUCCUCAUUAAUCAGCUAUAUAUCAAUUAAGAAAAUAUUAUCUGAUUUGUCAAAGUUUUCUUUGGUGAUGUGAGAACAGCUGCUGUACAGAUUGAAUAAACUUUUGAUGUAUAUUUUCAUCCCAAGGAGUCCUGAACGUGUGCGCAAUCCGCAUCUCAGAGCAAAACUGGCAGAGACUCUGGAGGCAUUGGUUCCCAUUCAGAAAUCCAAGAAUUCAAGUGAACUUUUGUCUGCCCCACAAGUCAAUUUGGUAUGUUUGGUUAAAAUCAAGUUGUAGAAAUUCUAAUGAGACCACUGUCUCAAGAGUGACUUGCUGUCAAAUCUAUUUUAAUUAGUGAAAUAAAUUUGUUGUCUCCUUUGCUUGCUAUGGUCCUGAUCACUGAUUUAGUGGGAAUCAAACCUUAGAUUCCUGAUUUAUACUUCUUUAAAGGAAGGUAAAAUCAAAUUUUGUCAUGAGAGAGGAAUCCCCUUUUUGUCACUCAAGCAAUGCCCUUUAGCAGGUUGGCAAUCGUUUAAGUUGCUUACUUUUUCAGGUAGUUAGUUAUUUUGCUUGUUAUAUAUAUAGAGUUAACUCUGUCAUUAUAAUUAGAUAUUAAAUAAAUGUAGUUAGCUCAAAGAUAUUAGAAUUUGGGUGCUACUAGUAAAUUUGAGACUUAUAAAGUUCAUCUGUGUACAUAUGUAUUUACAUGUAGGGCCAAUAUUAAUAGUAAUUGAAGUUUGUCAACUUUUGAGGCUAACAAAGCUAAUAAACAAAUGAGCAUUUGGAACCAUUAUAAGGAGGGAAAUAAAAGUGUGAAAACUGCAUGCAUGGCAUUGUGUAGCUCAGCAUUCUAUUAUCGGCAUUUAUUAUUUGAUCAUAGUAAUGUAAUUGGUCAAUAUAUUUUUAUUUUAUAGUUCAACAGACAAAGUGCUUUCCUUCAACACAAAGUUGCCCCUGCCUACCUCCCUCAGGCUCUUUUACAACUGUUUGUGGAUAUAGAAUUCACAGGACAUUCCAUGCAGUUUGAGCAGAAAUUUGGUGAGCUUCUUAACCCUUUAGACCCUAACAUCAUUAUGCAUAUUCUCCAUACUGUUCUCUAUACAUUUCCAAAGAGGCUGACAAGGAGAAUUUGUUUCAUAAUCAAGAGCUGCUCUUGUUGGUGAUCAUCUCCUCUAUUCUCAUGACUUUUGUGUUUGAUUCAGGGCUGAUAUUGUAAGGAGAAAUUAGAUGCUAGUCACUCUUAGGGGCUAAAGGGUUAUUGACAGAGGUACUGCUUGAAAGUUCAAAAUGCAGUAUCCAACCUACAUUAAUUCUGUGUCUUGGUGACAUAACACAGACACAAGUCACAGUGGACAUUAAGAAUUUUUUAGGCAACCUUUAUCCCUGAAUCAGCAUUUUUAUCCUGAAGCUAGAUGUACAAAUCCAUGGUUUUGCUGCAGGGAGUGAACAAUUUAAAGCCACUUGUUCAGUGAUGAACUCGUUUGGAGAGCAUUGUCACAUUGACAUGUAGCAGACUUGUUACUUAGUGUGUCCCAACUUGAUUGAUUAAGUUUCUCAGAGGGACUGAACAAUAGGCAGGUGGAAUUUACAAAACUGUAAAUGCUAAAUGUAGAAUAAAUAGCCCUGAAUUUUGAAUAGUAAAAUGUGGUCCCUGUGUUUCCUUAACAUGUAAAACAACACUGAUUAGGGAGUUUGAGAAACAAUGACAGCGAACUUAUAUUUUACCUACGAAUUUUGCAAUACUACUAAUUAAAGUCAUUAAAUUUGUUUCUCACUGUCAAAACCACCUUGAAACUGAAUUUGGAACACAGUGUUAAAGUAGACAGAAAUUUAAAAUAUUAGCUGUCAUCAUUCACAUUCUUCAGACAAUGCAAAGUUUGGUCAUUUUAUGUCAUCAUUUUUCAGAGGGGACACAAAGAAAUUUACAAAGAUUUAUAAUGCACAUGCACUGCCAUUGUUCUGCUCAUUAAACCUUUUGUUUAGUUACAUUCUUGUUGCCAUUUCUGUCAUGGUUUUCUUAAACUCCCUAUUAACCUAAGAACACUACAUGACCAAUUUUCUGGCUUAUUUGGUUGAAAAUUUUCAACUGAGAGGUAAAAGAACUUAUGCAUUGCAUAUUCUUAACCAGGUUACCGGCAUCACAUGUAUUCGGUUUUGAAAUUCAUGUGGCAGGAAGAUGAUUACAAAGCUUCCCUGAUGAAGAUGGGUGAAGAGGUAUGAUGCAAUGAUUACACAGAUAUAUGAAUAGCAGUAAAGUUUGUAAUAUUAAUGAUGAUGAUAAUAAUAAUGAUAGUAAUGUUUGAUUUAUUGAAAAUAAUAAUGAUUAUUAAUAGCAAUAGUCAUUAUAGCAAUUCCAAUGACUUGAUGUGUUGGGGCUGGUCAAUGCUCAGCUAUCACCUGGUUACCCAUUCAGAACAUUUGAGUUUUUUUUUGUGCAUGUGUGGUGGCUGGCAUCCUCGAAUGGUGCCAUAAGACCACCAUGUUGAAACCUCAUUAUCUCGUUCAGUCUCUCUAUUUAUGGGUCUUAAUUUUAAGCUAAUAAAGAGGGAAAGAAUGGAAAGAGGGAGGGAAGGGGUCCUCACAAUGCUGCAAGUUCAUGCUUAAAGCACAAUAAGCACGCCUCAGAUGAGGAGCACAUGGAAUUCAGAUGCAUGUGCAUAUGCAAAAAACAGUUGACUACUAGAGUGCGCUGUUGUUAACUCUGUUAAAUUGCAUAUAACUGCAUUUAAGUUUUCUAACCUCCCUCCUGUUCAGAUGAGGCUACAUAAACUCACAACAAAACCAACUAACCUCUAUUACUUUAGAAGGUGUAGCUGUGCAAUGAUGAAUUUGGUUUGUCUUUAAGGCUGCUGAUGAAAAGAGGAAGAAAACAGCUAUUCCACUAUUUCUUCGUUUCCUUAAUUUGUUGAUCAAUGAUUCUACAUUUCUGCUGGAUGAAGCUCUUCAGGUAUUUCUUAGUCAGGCUGUACACAAAAGGUGUCUAAUUUUGGAAUUUAUCAGUUAAAACAUCUUUGACCUUUUGUAUUUAGAGUUACAGAGGCACUUUCACUAUUUUUCUGAAGCUGUUUAAAAAAAUUUUGUAAAUCAAGGUCACUCCAUGAUGAAAAGUGGGAAAUUUUUGGUGACAAAGUUUUCUGUUCUAGAACCACAGAUAAAAGGAGAUUCAAGGAGAGGAGAGAUUGAUUUGCAUAGAAAUGGUGUUAUUUUUUUCUUUAUGUAUGUAAGCGAUAAUCAUGAGUUAAGUUAAGUAUUUUUAUUUGUAGUUCAUGGCAGCUCUGAAGAAGCUCCAAGCUGAAAAAGACAGUGGAGAUUGGGAGAGUUUAACAGAGCAAGCACAACAGCAGGUUUGUGUUGUCAUAUUUCUUGGCAUUACUCUUGAUGUUUUACCCCAACUAGUUUUAAUUAUUAACCCUUUAGAUCAUAAGAAUGGUAUGGCAGACAGUAAGGAGAAUUGCUAAUAGGAUCUUGGGAGUAAAAGGGCCAUUUGGAAAUUAGGCCUAAGUUGCUUGGAAAAGUAAAAAAAAAAAAAUGUAUACUUCACACAGUUUACAUAAAAGCUGGGAGGCAUAAAAGCUAGCAUUUUUUUUUUAAAUACAAUCAGUUUAAAGUAAGCCCAAGAUGAGGGAGGGGAGCAGGCUUAUUGAUAUGGAGUUUUUGUACAGCAGGUGGCCAGGGUAAGAGUGAAUUUUUUUUAAACUCGAAGCUCUCGAUAGGGAGUCCUAUUAGUCCUUUGACAGUAAAUAAUUUCAGGCAGGGUUUUUAAAACUGGAAGAAAUGGAACCACAAAAGUAGUAUGGAGGAUUGUUACAUGAAAUGGUAAUGUUACAGUCAAAUGAAAGCCAAUUUCUAUGCUGAUUAAUGUGAGCUUGUCUUUGUAGAAGCAGCAGGAGAUGCAGCAUACCAGUGGAAUGGCUCGCAGUCAUAACAUCUUAGCCAAUGAAACUGUCCGUGCCCUGAGUUAUAUAACAACUGACAUCAAACAGUGAGUAAUUAGUUGUAAUUAUCUCAUUAUUACUAACAGCCUGGGUAAUGUUAAUAAGGGGUAUAUACGUAAAUCUGACCAAUCAGAUUGUAUAAUUAAGGGGCAGCAAUGUUUCUUAUGCACUGAUCAAUCAAUAGCUUCUACCCUACCAUCCCCUGCCCCCCUGUGCAGCCCACAGGCAAUUGAACCUUAAGUAUGGAGUAGUUAAAAGGAAAACAGUCUACUUUUGUGAGCAAAUGGCUAAGGAAGGAAAUUUUUACAUCAUAGAAUGAUGCUUACAAACGAAAAACCAAACAGUGACAGUAAGAACUUAUAUGUGACUUUGUGAAAUUUUAAAACAUUUGUUGAUUAGACAAGGGAUCACUUAAUAUUGGGUGGGGCAUUUGAACACAAUUCUUUUUUUUGGGAGGGGGUGGAAUUUCAAGAAGCCAAUCUCCAUAAUCCAAAUACCCAAGGGGUUGCAUGGGAAGAGGAUAUCGAAGCUUCAAAUUGAUCAACACAUUGGAGUAUUAACUUAACUCUGAAGAUGACUACCACACAGGUAGUCGAAACGUCAGUCACCAACAACAGUUCUUUUCAGAACUACACUCACCCGGACGAUCACACUACACAAACUACAUCGGAGUAUUGUGUUGAAAACUGCUAAGAGUAGAUAAAAGGAUGUUAUGCUAUGAUAAAAGGAGUUCCUGAUGAUAGGGUUUUUUGUUAUUUUGCAGACCAUUUCUCAUAGGUUGCAUGGUGAGAAGAACUGCAGAUAUGUUAAAUUACUUCCUUCUAAGAUUGGUUGGACCAAAAAUGGGAGAACUGAAGGUUUGAUAAAAUUUAAUUAAUAGGAAUUCAAUUAUAUUUGCAGUUGAUAUAUGUAACUGGGACAUUUAUGUUUCAUUUUGUAAUUUUACCAGAUGAGUGUCAAUCAGUUACCAGACUUGAACUAAGGACUGAAAGCAAAGUGAUGUACUUAAAUAUUCUUUAACCUUGGAUUUAUCAUCUGAGGUGAUAAUGUAAAUUGGUCACCUUUUUGGAUGUUUCAAGUGUUUAAGCCCUUUGUCAGAGUGAAUGGCAUUCUUUUAGUACCCCCCACCAGUCAAACACCACAGUUCCUUCUGACACUUAUCCCCUUUAAUUAUUCUUUUGUUUGAUUUAGGCAAAAAAUCUCUCAGAGUUCCAUUUUAAGCCUCAAAAGCUGGUUUCUGAUAUUAUUGACAUAUACCUUAACCUUGGUGAACAAGACUCCUUCUGCAAGGCAGUUGCCUCAGACAAAAGAUCCUACUCUCCAAAUUUAUUCAAACAAUCAGAGAGGGUGCUCAAGUAAGUAAAAGACAAUGGUCAUCUUUUAUUUCAUAGUUAUCAAUUAAAUUGUUUCCUAAUGUGACCAUUACUAAAGAUCUCAAAAGGAUUAUUACACAUUGUUUUCUUUUAAAUUUCUAGAUUGAUUGGAAGACCAUCUUCAGUAAUCUUUAGACUUAGUGAACUUGCAGAUCGUGUUAAUGAAUUUGCCCAGCAAGAUGAAGAGGAUGAUUUGAUAGAUGUACGUAUGUGCCCCACCUUAACUCUGUAACUCCCAAGAGUGACCAAGACAGAAUUUCCCCUCACAAUAUCAAUAAUAUAUCAAACAGACAAGUAAUGAGAAUAAGGAAAAAUGUCAAUUAGGGGAUUAUUAGUUGAUCCAAUACAAUACUCUCAGAGCUACCAUCAUAAGAAUUACAUGGCAGAUGGUAAUGAGAAUUACCACAGAGAUCUUGAGAGUGAAAGGGUUAAGAUACAUGGAACAUGUGACAUUUCCCUUUUACUACCAGGACCCUUGCUUUCAAAAGGGUCUGAUGCAAUCAAAUAGGAAGGAAGUUGCAAAGUCUAACCUUGGCCAUUGAAUGAGAAAAGAUUAUUUAUUUUUGAUCAAGUGGGGAUCCAGGACUAUUCAGUUCCUCCCACACUACCCACACCUUUUUUAGGUUUUGCUUCAUCUGCAAAAUAUUAUAUUAUCCAUAUCUAGAAAAUCCAAAUUAAGAAUGCUGGCCUGCAGCUUGAAUGAUUUUGGAUAAUUACAAAUGAAAUUUUGUGGUAGAAUAAAUGUGUGUUUUUGUUCACUCCUUAGCCACCAGAAGAAUUUCUUGAUCCAAUAACAAACACACUGAUGACUGAUCCAGUGAUUCUUCCUACAUCAAGUAAAAUUGUAGACAGAUCCACCAUCUGCCGUCACCUUCUGAGGUAUGUAUGAGAGAUGCUGGCUCAACAAGAUAAAGAGAGCUGAUUUUUAGAUAUUUUAUAAUUACAGGUUAUAAAAACAGCAGUUAUUGGGCCCCUGUUAAGAAUCUGAUAAACAGACUUAUUGAUUGAAUUAAUUCAAAACCUGCCUUCUGCGUGGAUGAUUCCUUUGAAUGUUGUCAUUUUACUUCUAUUGUUUCACAUAUAAUUAUCAUCACUUCGCAAUCAAAUAUCUCUAAGUUGCAUGCAUAUUCCAAAUAGCGAUGAUAAUUACUGGUAAGCCUUUGAAUUUUUCCUUCCCUUAAAGACCUGGGUGACUAUGUUAAUUGUGUUUCUGAUGUGACCUUUCAUAUUUCAUUGCAGUGAUCAGACAGAUCCUUUUAACAGGAGCCCUCUUACUCUUGACAUGCUGAAGCCACAUGAUGAGUUACGGACAAAAAUACAUGACUGGAUGGCAGAAAUGAAAGCUCUAGGGAAACGCUGA